GAUCUGCUUUUCACCAAUAUUUCUUCCUUUCAUUACCUAGCCUUGAAAAGCUUGUUGUGAGUGAAACUUCCUGGGAUGAAUUGUUCCAAUCCGAAGAGCUAGGUGGAGAGGAUAACCCUGCACUUGCAUUUGCUCGAUUAAGUGAAUUGAGGUUAUCUAAACUUAACGAGCUAACAUAUCUCUGGGAGGAAGAAUCACAUCAUGAAUCAGUUUUCUAUAACCUCAGAGUUCUAGAAGUGCAUGAAUGUGGCAAACUAAAGAAUUUAAUGCCAUCCUUCAUAUAUUUCCAGAAUCUACAUACUCUGGAAUUAUCAAGAUGUCAUGGACUCAAAAAUUUGAUGAGAUACUCAACUGCUAUAGGUUUAGUACAACUCACAAAAAUGAGUAUAAAUUAUUGUGCUAUGAUGGAAGAAAUUGUUGCAUGGAUGGAUGAUGAAGCGAAGGAUGGCAUUGUCUUCAAUCAUCUCGAGUAUUAGCAACUUCGUGAUCUGCAUAGACUAGCAAGAUUUUGCUCAGGGAACUGCAACUUUGACUUCCCGUCUUUGGAAGAAGUAAUUGUGAUGGGAUGUCCAAAGAUGCAAUUUUUUUCUAUGGGAGAAUUGGUGACACCAGAAUUAUCAAGUGUCAAAUGGAUUGAUGACGAGGAUAAUGGGCGCUGGGAAGGUGAUCUAAACACAACCAUUCAGGAGUUAUUCACUCAAAAGGUUGGAUACUAUGCGUUCGAAAAUUUGAAGAUCUCUGAGUUUGAGUUUCUUGAUCAGGCAAUUAUUAAAAUUUGGAACAGAAAUCCUGGAAAAAUCCUACCUGUUAGAAAUCUUAAAUCUUUAGAGGUCUCAAAUUGCUCCACAAUGGAGCAAGUGAUCACAGGAGAUGGAGCUGAUGAGGUGUUUCCUCGGCUAAAUUCCAUCAAUUUGGAGUCUUGUUCUAACCUGACAUGUUUCUAUGAGGGAAGCAGUAUGCUUAAGCUUCCAUCUUUGAAAAAAAUCACAGUGGCUAACUGUACAGCAAUGGUAACCUUUUUCUCUGGGUCUUCAAAAGAGCAAGACAAUGCAAGUACUUCUGAUGGUGGAGGAAGUGAAGAAAGGCAAGAUAUCCCUAUUCAACCAUUCUUCAGCAAUACGCUUGAGGUUUUCAACCUGGAGUCUUUAGAGCUGUCUGGAAAUAUUAACAUUCAGCAAAUUUGGUACAAUCGGGUUCCAGAAAUAUCUUUUCUUGUUCGAAAUCUAAUACUGUGUGAUAUGGAGGGCUGUGUGGUAUUAGAGCUUUCUCUCAAACGAGCACUACCAAUGGCUAGUGAAUCCACCACAACCAUUACCUCUCCUAUUUCCACUAAUGCUACCAUUCCUAUUGGACAAAAUACCAUCAUCACCUUCAGUGCUGUUGCUCAUUUUCUUCUCAAACUUACUCCGAGCAACUAUCCAUCUUGGUGGGCACAAUUCCUAUCUAUUCUUACCGUCUACAAAUUAAUUGGCUUUCUCAAUGGAUCCAAACCUUGCCCACCGCCAUCAACUGGAGAGGUGCUUGCUGAUGAACUUGCUACCAUAGACAAACCCCUUACCAACGAUGAUUUGAUGGUGUAUGUCCUCAAUGGGAUAGGACCUAAAUUUCAUGAGAUCUCUACUUCACUCCGCGCUCGAGACAAACCACUUUCUUUUGAAGAACUUCAUGACAGAUUAGUUGCACAUGAAGAAAGCAUGGACAUGGAAGAAACUCGACUUGAUAAUACACCAGUGACUGCCUAUUUUGCUACCAUGCCCAUCAGAAAGCUUGCUGGUAAUAUUUCUAAUUUUUCAACAAAUUCUGGUUUCUCAAAUGCUUUUCUUCAGUCCAAUGGUGCAGGAAUUCUACCACUACCACAAAAUAUCCAACCAUUUGCAUCAAGCCAACAAUUGGCAGGAGGAAGAGGAAAUGGGCGUAAUAGGCCAAAUCAAUUUUACAAAAGAAGAGGAGGCCCAAAUCAACCCAACACCAGUAGAUCCAAUAUCUCUUGUCAACUUUGCAACAAUUUUGGGCAUGUAGCUCGUACUUGUUAUCUGUUUCGAAAUCAAGGCCACGGACCCAUAGCUCACUAUGCAACAUCUACCGGUCCAAGCACUAAUGGGUGGUUGAUUGAUUCAGGUGCUAAUAAUCGUAUCACCACUGAUCUGUCCAACUUGACACUACACUCCAAAUAUAAUGGCCUUGAUGAACUACUAAUUAAAGAUGGAUUAGGCUACAAGUGUUUUGAUCCCCAAUCUAAUAAAAUAUUUAUUUCAAGACAUGUUAUCUUCCAUGAGGAUCAUUUUCUGUUUCGGGUCUCCAAUGCAAACUCAACCCCUCCAAAUCUAUCUGAUUCGGAUCCUAGCCACACUCAAGUCUUGAUUCUUUCCCCUUUAAUUCAUCCUCGGCCCUCCAUCCCCCCAGCCUCCUCAUCACUAGCACCAAUUUUGGGUCUCUCCUCUGAUCCUCGCCCAGCCUUGCUUGCCUCCUUGCCAUUUGCUACUGCUGCCACCUCCCCUCUGCUAGACUCUGCCAUCACACCUUUGCAGGGGUUCGCCCCCUUCUGCUUGCGGUACAGAUUUGAUUCGGUCUCUCUCAUACUCAGUCCAGUCAUCAAACCCACCACCAUUUGCACUAUGUUUACAAUUGCUAUGAGUCAAGCUUGGUCAAUUCGGCCGCUUGAUGUGAACAAUGCCUUUCUCCAUGGCAAUGUUGAGGAGGACUUGUAUAUGACUCAAUUGGCAGGUUUAAUUGAUCAAAAUCUUCCUCAUCAUGUCUGUAAAUUGAAGAAAGCAAUCUAUGGCCUUAAGCAGGCUCCACGAGCUUGGUACACUGAAUUGAAACAAUUCCUUCUUGGCUGUGGUUUGAAGCAUAAAAUGGAUGGUGCCAAACCGGUUGCAACACCUAUGUCUUCUUUCGGGUUGUCUUCGCAAACUAGUUCUCCACCUCUCCUCGAUGGCACAGCUUAUCGGAAACUCGUUGGCUCCUUGCAGUACCUGUCCUUAACUCGUCUUGACAUCUCUUUUGCUGUUAAUAAAUUAUCUCAGUAUAUGCAUUGUCCAACUGAGAUGCACUGGCAGGUAGUCAAAAGUGAUAAGGACACUCAUGUCUCUAUUACUGGCUAUGUUGUCUUCCUUGGUGCUAUUCCUAUCUCUUGGAAGGCUAGCAAACAAAAAGCCAUUGUCCGCAGUUCCACCGAGGCAGAGUAUAGAGCUCUGGCAGCUGCUUCUUCUGAGUUAGUUUGGGUAUUGCAUUUGUUGACUGAGCUUGGGAUUCGUGUUGAUGCUCCACCAAUGCUUUGUUGUGACAAUGUUGGUGCCACAUAUCUCAGUAGUAAUCCAGUCAUGCACUCUCGUAUGAAGCACAUAGCAAUUGAUCUUCAUUUCAUUCGUGACCUCGUUGAUAAGAAAAUUCUUCAUGUCUCUCACAUUGCCUCUGUCGAUCAACUUGCUGAUGGGUUGACCAAACCACUGUCUUCAUCAAGAUUUGCCUUGUUGCGUUCCAAGAUUGGUAUCGCUGAUGGCUUUACCAUCUUGCGGGGGCAUAUUACGGAAACACAUCAUGCUACACCAUCAAUCAUGGCUCAAUCACUUACACGGGAUAUCAAGUCCUAAUUAUUCUCACAAUCAAUCUUUGCUAAUCAUAUAUUCUGCAUUAAUAAGGAUUCAUUGUAUUAUGUAUGUUUCUAUUUUUACAAGUUCUUUCCAUAUGUGUUGCUUAGGGCAACACCUCAAUUUGUAUAUAUGUGUAAUCUCAGUGAAUAAAUAUGUAUCUUUCAU